GUAUAAAAAAAUGGAAAUGUAAAACACUAUUGAUAGUGUAAAAUGAAGUUUACACUACCAAUUUUUACAUUACACCUUGGAUGGAGAUGCUCUAAGUGGGGUGUACAAAUACGUGGGUACAAUUUUUGGUGUAACCCUGUUCCUACUUCUUAUUCCAGAGCAAAGAGACGGGAACUAGAGCAACCAGAGGAAAGAAAACAUGGCGGUGGUCAUCGUCGCACACCUCGCACCUCAUAGUCGACAGGGGUCUUGUUUCUUCUCCCCUUCUUACUCCUCUUCUUCUUCUUCCUCACUAGUCCAUCGGAUUGUUCAUAGCCGAUAUCCUGUUCUUCAUUUCCCCUACUGCAACAAAUCGUUCUUCCUCAGAGACCGCAAGCACUCGAAACUCACAUGUAGAGAUUCGUCCGGCUGGGACUGGAAUCAAUGGACUCGGCAUUUCUCGGAUAUGGAACAAGCUGAAAACUAUGCGUCUAUUCUCAAGUUUGAACUAGAAGAUGCAGUAGAGAAACAAGACUUUCACAAAGCUGCGAAGUUGAAAAGAGCCAUUGCUGAAGCAACUUCAAAGGACGCUAUUGCGAAAAUUAUGUUGGAACUGAAGGAUGCAAUACUUGAAGAGCGUUACCGUGAUGCUUCAAGGUUGUGUCGAAGCACGGGAAGUGGUCUGGUUGGUUGGUGGGUUAGCUGUUCAAAGGAUUCUGACGAUCCAUUUGGCAGAUUAGUACAUAUAACUCCUGGGAUGGGCAGAUUUAUUGCCAGGAGUUAUACCCCAAGGCAGUUGGUCAAUGCUUCUCCUGGAACACCACUGUUUGAGUUGUAUGUAGUUAAAGAAGCCAAUGGUUCUUACAACAUACAGGCGGUAUUCUUGAAACGAACCAAAACAGUUAAACCAAAUUCAUUUUCAUCGAACUCAAAACCAGCAAGUUCUUCAACUGUUGAACCUGAGGAUGCAUCAGUCAUUGAUGUUAAGGUCAAUGAAGAUGAAAUAGAAAAUAGCAAGGAAAAACAUGUGGGUUUUGAGGAAGCUGCUGAGGAAGGGAUACAAAGUGUGAUAAAUUUUCUCAAAGAUAGAAUUCCUGAUUUGAAAGCGAAAGUUACGAAGCUUAACACCACUGAAGAAGUUUUAGACGAUAGUGAUUCUUUGAGGCAAAUAAUAGAAGAAGAUGGUGAAAAUAGUAACGAUGUAAAUAAUGGUAUUAUAUCCAGAGAUUUUAGUGACGAAGAAUUUGGUGGAAGUUCUGAAACCAGUUAUAUCGAGGACAACCAUCAUCAUCAAAUUCCUGUGGGCGGAGAGAGUACUACGUCUGAAGACAAAAAGAGUCCAGAUAUGAAACUUUUCUUUGGUGUUUUACAUGAUAAUGAAGAUGAUCCAUCAAAAGAUAAGUUUAUUCGUGUACAGGCAGAAAUUGAAGGUUUGACAAGGGAUUCUUUUGAGUUUCACAUUCCAAAGACAUAUCGAGAUCUUCAAAGUGUAGAAAAUUCUGUUUCUGCAGUUGGUUUGGAAGCCAUUGCAGCCCUAAGUGUUUCAAAACUUAUGCCUCCUGAUGUGGCGAAAGCUUUUUUAAGUGUUGAGAACAUUCCUCCAAAGAUUCAAAAAAAUAUGAGAGAAAUACUACAGCUUGUUAGUCAGGUGAAGAAUCAGAAUCGAUUGUCUGAGUAUACACAAUUUACUAGGAUCGCAACACCUUGCAGCGAUUUAGAUCCUUUUGAUGGUCUUUAUGUAGGGGCAUUUGGACCUUAUGCUACGGAGAUUGUGCAAAUGAAGCGUAAAUAUGGUAACUGGAAUGCACAAGAUGAAAAUAAAUCAUCUGAUAUGGAGUUCUUUGAGUAUGUUGAGGCAAUAAAACUUACAGGCGAUAUUAAUGUACCUGCUGGCGAGGUGACAUUUCGUGGUAAAAUUGGAAAAGGAAAUGGAUCUACUAACAAAGGGAUGUACCCAGAUGAACUAGGAGUGGUUGCAAGCUACAAAGGCCAAGGCAGAAUAGCAGGGUACGGAUUCAAGAAUCCCAAGUGGGUCGAGGGCGAGCUGCUUCAACUCAACGGCAAGGGUUUCGGGGCACACAUUAAAGGUGCAGAUCUUGGCUUUCUGUACGCCAUUCCGGAGCACAGCUUCCUUGUGCUCUUCAGUCGUUUGAAGCUACCCGAGUAGGCUGGUUUAGUAUGUCUAAAAUCUCAUCUUAAUUCUUGCCUUAGUGCAAGUAGUGGCAUGCAGUUUUGAACCCACUUCUCGCGGCUACGUUGGGAGCCAUAUUGGGUUGUAUAUGGUAUAUAGAUUAAGAUGUAUUUAUUAGUGAAUGAGAUCUUAAGCCUGCCAUGUUCCCUGGUAAUCUUGCCACAGUUGGAAGCAUAAACUUGUGCAACGAGUGAAACCUAUGUUUCUUAUCACAAGGACAAACAAAUAACUCCCAUCAUCUGCGACUUACAGGCUAGAGUAUGUAAUAUGGCUCUGUUAAAUGUAUCCUUAAGGACGUAUCCAUACUUUAUUUAAAAAGAGGGAAAGUGGUGUUUGUGUUUUCCCGCCCAAGAGUGCUAGUUAUAACAUAUGGUAAUUGUGAAGUUUAAUUGGUAAUUAAUAAAAUGCCAUUAAUUGUGCUAUUAAUGAAAUACUAUACGGAUU